AUGGGUCAUCCUACUUUGGAAGAGAUGGCUAUUAAAAGAAUCCAGAAGGAAUUAGUUGCCUUCUCUCAAGAUCCACCUGCUCAGUGUUCUGCAGGGCCAGUGGCAGAAAAUUUGUUUCAUUGGCAAGCGACCAUAAUGGGGCCCGAAGACAGCCCCUACCAGGGAGGGGUUUUUUUUCUCUCUGUCCACUUUCCGACCAAUUACCCCUUCAGGCCGCCCAAAGUUUCAUUCAUAACCCGAAUUUACCAUCCAAACAUUAGCAAAAAUGGAAGCAUCUGCCUAGAUAUCUUGAAUUCUGAAUGGUCACCUGCACUUACAAUUUCCAAAGUUCUUCUUUCUAUCUGCUCUCUAUUAUGUGAUCCAAAUCCUGAUGACCCCCUGGUUCCUGAAAUUGCAAAGGUCUACCGCAAGGAUUUAAGGCAGUAUGAUAGAAUGGCUCGGGAGUGGACUGAGAGAUACGCAAUGUAAAUUCAACGCAAUGUGGUCAUAAUAAAAACAAUUGGUCC